AACAACAAAUCCCAUUUUUUUGUGCACAAUUCUCACCUCCUCUGAACUGUACGGUCUCGUUUCGGCAGUGACGGGCUUUACAGGCUGCUAAAUCUACAAACCAUGGCCCAGGACAUAACUCUGCUGUGGGGCUCCGGCUCCCCUCCCUGCUGGAGGGUCAUGAUCGCGCUGGAGGAGAAGAACCUGCAGGGCUACAACCAGAAGCUGCUGUCGUUUGAGAAAAUGGAGCACAAGUCACAAGAAGUGCUAGAUAUGAAUGCCAGGGGACAGCUUCCCUCUUUCAAACACGGAGACGUCAUCGUGAAUGAUUCCUAUGCAGCCUGUUUCUACCUGGAGAGUCAGUUUCAGUCCGAGGGAAAUAAGCUGAUCCCAGACAGCCCUGCUGAACAAGCACUGAUGUACCAACGCAUGUUUGAGGGUCUCUCCUUCUACGAAAAACUCAAUGCUGUCAUCUACUAUAACUGGUUUGUCCCUGAAGAAGAGAGGCAUGACUCGGCUCUAAAGAGAAACAAGGAAGCUCUGGCCACUGAGCUCAGGCUCUGGGAGGGUUACCUGCAGAAGCUGGGCUCGGGCUCUCACCUGGCAGGGCCGUCCUUCUCUCUGGCAGAUGUGACUGUCUUUCCAACUGUUGCCACUCUUUUCAGAUUUGGGGUGUCUGCCGAGCAUUACCCUAAACUGGGAGAGUAUUACGCUCUGUUGAAGGACCGGCCCAGCAUCAAAGCCAGCUGGCCUCCUCACUGGCUGGAGAACCCCAAGGGACAAGACACACUCAAAGACGUCUGAGAGCCACACACACACACACACACACACACAC